UUUGUUUCGUGGUGGACUCAUGUCGUCUUCCUCGCCACCACACCACACCACUGCAGUGCCGUCGCGUCAUCUCCCACCUCUCCCAUCGGGCCAGCGGAAGCAGCAGCUGCGUGCGGAACCAACCAUGCUCCCCUUCCUCCUCUCCCUCCUUCUCCUCACCGGCGCCGCGGCGGGGGUACAGGGCCACGACGACGCGGCGGCGCGGCGGACGAUGGAGGAGUUCGCCGGCUUCCCCGCCUCCGACGACGGCGAGGGCGGCCGCGCCUCCCCCUUGCGCGUAGACUCCGAAAGUCUCCAGCGCCAGAUUGAUGAACUGGCCUCGUUCUCCGACUCGCCGGCGCCGUCGGUGACGCGUGUUCUGUACAGCGACAAGGAUGUGCAAGCUCGAAGGUAUAUUAAAGGGAUAAUGAAACAGCUUGGCCUCUCUGUUCGAGAAGAUGCCGUUGGCAACAUAUUUGGCCGCUGGGUGGGUUCUGAGGCAGAACUAGGAGCAGUUGCAACUGGUUCUCAUGUUGAUGCCAUUCCAUUUUCAGGCAAAUAUGAUGGGGUCGUUGGUGUUCUGGGUGCUCUUGAGGCAAUCAGUGUGCUACAAAGGUCUGGUUUCCAGCCAAAAAGAUCCUUGGAGGUUAUUAUGUUUACAUCAGAGGAGCCUACACGAUUUGGAAUUAGCUGCUUGGGAAGCCGCUUAAUGGCAGGGAGCGAAGAACUAGUUCGAUCACUAAAAAGGACAGUUGACAACCACAAUGUAUCAUUUGUUGAUGCUGCUGACUCUGCUGGCUACAAGAUACACCCAGACGAUCUACAUAAUGUGUUUUUGAACCAAGAUGCAUAUUUUGCUUUUAUAGAAUUGCACAUUGAACAGGGCCCCAUUUUGGAAAAAGAAGGCAUCCCAAUUGGCAUUGUAACUGCCAUUGCUGCUCCUGCAAGUAUUAAGGUGGAAUUUGAGGGGAAUGGGGGUCAUGCUGGAGCAGUGCUAAUGCCCGCAAGAAAUGAUGCUGGAUUGGCGGCAGCUGAGCUGGCAUUAGCAGUUGAGAAAUAUGUUUUGGAAUCAGGAUCGAUAGAUACAGUUGGAACAGUUGGUAUUCUGCAGCUACAUCCCGGAGCUAUCAAUAGCAUCCCAAGUAAAUCACACCUAGAAAUUGAUGUAAGAGAUAUUGAUGAGAAAAGAAGGAAUUAUGUCAUUGAGAAGGUUCACAAAUCUGCCAUUGACAUAUCAAAGAUCCGUGGAGUAGAACUAUCGGAAUUCAAGAUCAUCAACCAGGAUCCGCCUGCUCUGUCUGACAAAUCAGUCAUAAACGCAAUGGAAUUUGCUGCAAAACAGCUGGGCCUAGAAUACAAAUUGAUGAUAAGCAGAGCUUAUCACGAUUCACUCUUCAUGGCCAGAAUAUCACCAAUGGGUAUGAUCUUCAUUCCCUGUUACAAAGGAUACAGCCACAAGCCCGAAGAGUAUGCGUCGCCCGAGGACAUGGCAAACGGGGUUCAGAUGCUAGCCUUGACAAUGGCGAAACUAUCCCUGGAGUGAGCACGGCUUGGGGAGAAAUCAAGAGGGACUAGAAUGGUCUAAUUUGUGAUGUGAUAUCGUGUGGCGUUGAUUAUGAACGUGAAACCACUCAAGGUCAAAAUCCUGUCAGUCUCAUUCUGAAUCCAUUUUCUAGCGGUUCUCUGGGGAUUUUAUCUAGAAGAAAGAGCCUCCCUGAUUCCCGUGACUCGAAAAAACAUAGUAAUAAGAAAACAUAAUAAUUCCACCCCCAUGUUGAAUCAUAUGGGAAUGAGAAAUACGUGAAGGUGCAA